AUGGUGCACAAAAGAUCUCUUCAGACACUGGUAGGCCUGCUUACCGCCAGAGGCGUUAUCGCCUUAGUCUCCGUCGGGGACCCUUCCGACGUUAUUCCUCCAAGCGACUGGGCUGCAGACAACGCUAUUGUCCCUGACUACAAUGUUCCUUUCCCCAGUGUUCAGCCAAGCAACAUCGUCGCCAAGUAUGUCUUCGAUGACAAUAGCACUUCUAUCUCUCAUGAAAGUUUCACCGUGGACGCAAAUGACACAAGCGUUAUCCUCGUGACCGAUGGAGCUGAUCUCGCCCUGUCUCAUGUCGAUGUUAUCAAGUUUGGCUAUUCUUCAAACCUGGACGAUGCUAGUUUCUGGGGCUUCAACGCUGCGAUCAACGUGGCUAACGCUUCGACUGUGGAUUUCAACCACCUCAACAUAACGGUACACAAUGGCGCGGCCAACAUCUAUAGCUACGGCUCUGACACUAUCGUCAACGUGACGGAUGCGUGGCUAUACUCAUCCGGUCCCGUCUCCCACGGUCUUUAUGCUAGCGGCAACGGGACCAUCUACGGCGCUAAUCUGGCCCACUUCUCGGGCGGGCAUCGCAGCUCCUCAUUUUCGGGUGACUCGCCUAAGGGCAUUAUCCAUGUCCGCGACAGCGUCGCGCAUGCCCAAGGUAUCGGUUCCGCCACCUACUACGCUCUAGGCGAGAUCUUCGCCGAUAAUGUGGUGUCGGUCAGCGAGCAGGGUCCGGUCGUCUUUAUGGAUGGGAAGCAGAACGUCUCCCUGGUGAACUGUGAUGCCACCGCGGGGCUGUUAGGUGGCAUGGUCAUCUUCAGCAGUUCGAUCCGAGAGGCCGGCGCGAGCAUCAGUGUUGCAGACAGUCGAAUCGCAGCCAACGGAUCCAACAUGCCUGGACUUUGGUUUGGCAACGUCAUCGCCGACGUUGAUCUGCGCAACACGCAGCUCGACACCCGGAGCGGCGUUCUAGUAGUCGCCAACUACUCACAGGUCACGCAGGACUUUGAUUAUUACGCUUCAUACACCGACAACACAGACUUAUCUCCCGCCGAAGUAUACAUCACCGUGUCCGAGUCAUCCCUUGUCGGCGACCUGAUCCCAUACAACGAGUCAUACAUCUCGUGGAACCUAACUGAAUACAGCACCUGGUCUGGGGCCACUUAUUCGGGGUAUGGCACAUCAUAUGUGGAUGUCGCGCUGAGCUCAUCGAGCAAUUGGACCUUGACGGCCACGUCAUACAUCCAGAACCUUACGGACGCGGAUGAGUCCCUGGCCAACAUUGUUAGCAACGGGUACACUUUGUACUAUAAUUCAAGUGCGCUGCUCAAUGCUUGGUUAGGAAAUCGGACUAUUUCGCUUUCGGGUAAUGGGCUACUUACCCCCGGGACGCAGUCUUGA